AUGUUACCUGAAGAAUACACCAACAAAACCAGAAGAUCCAUCAAACGGCUGGUAAGGACCGUUGGCUUGGACGAUGACAAUAUCCUACUUCGAUAUUGCUGGCUUGCCUUCGAACUGCUGGAGCUUUGGUUGAAGAAGACUUCGAUGCGUUGGAUCCAGCCAGUGUACUGGUGGAAGGAUGAGAAGAGUGUCCAGUCCAUGUUGAAGCUACUUGAUAUUCUGCUUCAACUUGAUCAUCUCAAGAAUGCAAAAGCGAGCAUACCUAAUGAUUUCUCUUGGUAUAAGAGGACAUUCACUCAAGUCAGUGCUCAGUGGCAAGAUACUGAUUCAAUGAGGGAAGAGUUAGACGACCUACAGAUAUUCUUGAGCACGAGGUGGGCAAUAUUAUUGAACCUGCAUGUUGAGAUGUUCCGUGUAAACAAACCAUCUUUAUGCUCCUUUGGUUUAAUUUCGGAGGGGAGACUCAUUGUUUUGAGCUCCUUCACUCAAAAUAGUGUUGAAGACAUUCUUCAAGUGCUCAUAGUCUUUGCUGUUGAGUCACUGGAGCUGGAUUUUGCCCUUUUGUUUCCCGAGAGGCAUGUUCUUCUUCGUGUUCUGCCUGUUCUCGUUGUCUUAGCAACAUCAUCAGAGAAAGAUAGCGAGUCACUCUAUAAGAGGGUGAAAAUCAACAGGCUGAUCAACAUAUUUAAGAAUGAUCCAGUUGUACCUGCAUUCCCAGAUCUUCAUCUUUCUCCAGCUGCAAUUUUGAAAGAGUUGUCAAUGUAUUUCCCGAAAUUCUAUGCUCAGACUCGUCUUCUCACUCUUCCAGCACCUCAUGAGCUCCCACACCGUGAGGCACAAGAAUAUCCUCUUCCUUUCUCUAUUUCUAUGAGUUUUUAA